AUGAAGUUUUGGAGAUGUUAUCUUUGUGUCAUUACUGUUCAAAUUAUAAUCAUAGUCAUGGUGUUGUACAAAAUGUCAGUACAUCUACCAAACAGCCGUCAAAGGCAGGAGGAAGACGGUGAAGAUCAAGCGAGGGCCCUGACCAGACUAUUCUAUUUUCCCGACACAGCUCUAGGUGGGAAGAUGGUGCAGGUGAUGCCAAGUGCAUUAUCCACAAUGUUUGGAAUAGAUCCUUGCCUUUACUGUGUGAUGGAGAACCACUAUAUCACAAUUUCCUUGUCUCUAGAAGAAGCCUCAUUCCCUUUGGCUUAUGUAAUGACCAUCACUGAAGAUUUUGAUAUGUCUGAAUGUCUCUUCCGAGCCAUUUACACACCUCAAAGUGUCUAUUGUAUUUACAUAGAUAAGGCAGCCGCAGUUCAGCUUAGAACUGAUGUGGAGGAAUUAUUGACCUGCUUCUCAAAUACUUUUAUAUCCUCGAAGUCUGAGCAUAUUACUCAUGGGGGCAUAUCCAGACUCCAGGCAGACCUGGCCUGCAUGAAAGAUCUUAUAGUAUCAGAUGUUGGGUGGAGAUACAUCAUUAACACAUGUGGUCACGAUUUCCCCCUAAAAACCUAUAGGGAGAUAGCUUGGUAUUUAAAAACCCUGAAUGGGAAAAACAUUACCCCCCAUUUAGUAUCCAUUCUGAAAUCUGCUGAAAGGAUCAGUUAUGCCCAUAAGGAGCACAGAACCAGAACACACUCUUUUGUCCAAAAAAGACGUAAAAAGAAGAGCCCACCUUCAAAUCAACUCAAAAUCCACUUUGGUUCAACUUAUGUUGCUCUUACAAGAGAAUUUGUCCAUUUUGCAAUUUUUAAUAAAAUAGCCAUUGAGUUACUCCAGUGGUCCCAAGCUACCUACAGUCCAGAGGAACAUUUCUGGAUUACACUUAACAAGAUUCCAGAAGGUGAGUCUAUUCCAGUGAAGUCUAUUCAGAAGGUGAGUCUAUUCCAGAAGGAAGAGGCAGUAUUGAAUUCUGGCUCCCACCAGAACAGAAGCAUCACUCCACGUGGCCUUGAGUUUCAGCAACAACAUCCAGUUAACAGCUUUGGUGACAACAGCUGCAGGAUCACAGCCAACAUUGCAGCUUCAAGAAGAGAUCCUGGGGCCUUCCACCUGAAACAUUGUUCUGCUCAUCAGAACAAGUGGGGACUCAGGAAUUGCUAUUUGCACUUCAAACUGUAA